GCCACGUCAGUCAUCACCCCUCCUGUCCUGUCCUGUCCCCCGCUCUCUCUUUCCUCUCUCCCCGUUUCGGGAUCCGGCGAGAGACCAGUCCAGAGCCAAGCCCAAGCCCGCACGCCGAUGGCGACCGACGCCGACGAGGCCCCGCUGCUCGCCGACGAGCCCCUGCGGCCGGGAUCCUGCAGCCGGGAGCUCGAGCUGCGGGAGUUCCGCGACCGCUACGUCUUUCGCUCGCUCGACGGCGGCGGCGCCUUCGCCGUCGCCCGCUCCGACGGCUCCCUCCGCCCCCUCUCCGCAGAGGAAGCCGCUGCCGGGAGCGACUGUAAGGUCUCCAAGAUAUACGGAGUGGCCGGUAUGAUCAGGUUGCUCGCCGGAAGCUACGUACUUGUCAUCACUUCUCGCAAGGAUGCUGGCUCUUAUGGGGCUUCCACAGUUUACCAUGCAAAUUCGAUGAAAUUCUUGUGCUGCAACGAGGCUAUAAAGCAUUUAACUUCAGAGGAAAAACGAGAUGAGGCAUACUUCAUGUCUCUCUUGAGAAUUGCAGAAACUACUUGUGGACUUUAUUAUUCAUAUGACAGGGAUUUGACAUUAAACUUGCAGAGGGCAUCAAAGCUGGCUGCGGGGAGGGUACAUAAGCCACUAUGGAAGCAGGCUGAUCCACGGUUUGUUUGGAACAGGAAUUUGUUAGAGGAGCUUAUUGAAACUAAGCUUGAUGAGUUCAUUACCCCACUGAUCCAAGGAAGUUUUCAGACAGAGCAAUUUACCUUGAAGGAUAGACUAGUCAGAAUAACUUUAUUCUCUCGGAGAUGCAACAGGCGUUUAGGGACAAGAAUGUGGAGAAGGGGUGCAAAUCUGGAAGGUGCCACCGCCAAUUUUGUCGAGACAGAACAGCUGGUUGAGUAUGAAGGUUUAACGUCCUCAUUUAUACAGGUUCGGGGCUCUAUUCCACUUCUCUGGGAACAGAUAGUGGAUUUAAGCUACAAACCACGACCCAGCAUUAUUGAACAUGAAGAAAUGACGAAGGUUGUUGAACGCCACUUUCACGAUCUUUCACAAAGAUAUGGAGACACAAUGGUUAUUGAUCUGACCGAUAAAGCCGUACAGCAGAGACAGAUGACAGUUUGUCCGAUCUUUUUUUUAUUGCAGCAAGGUGAUGAAGGAAAUUUAAGCAAUGCAUUUGCUGCUGAAAUGCAGAACUUUCCUGAUAUCAGGUAUGUGCACUUUGAUUUCCAUCAUAUUUGUGGCGGAGGGAACUUUGAUAACUUGCAAGUUCUCUAUGAUGAAAUUGAGGAAGCUAUUCAGAAACAAGGAUAUUUCCUUAUGAACUCUAAAGGAGAGAUAUUGUUGGACCAAAGUGGCGUCGUUAGGUCCAACUGCAUAGAUUGCCUGGACCGCACAAAUGUGACACAGAGUUUCCUUGCAAGAAAAUCUUUGGACUCACAGCUGCGGCGAAUGGGGGCAUUAUCAUCAGCUGAAAGUAUCUCUCAAUCUGAUAGCAUUAACGAUAAAUUUAAAAAAUUGUGGGUUGAGCAUGGUGAUGAGCUAAGCCUUGAAUAUGCUGGUUCUUAUGCCUUAAAGGGAGACCUUGUAAGGUAUGGAAGGCAGACAUUGCCUGGAUUGAUUAAAGAUGGCAUGAGCGCUCUUUCCCGGUAUUAUUUGAACAAUUUUCAUGAUGGAGUGCGACAAGAUGCUCUAGAUCUUAUCAGUGGUUACUACACGGUCAGCAAAAGCAGUUCUUCUCCUUUUCAAAUCAUUGGAUUUGAAUCUGCACCAUAUCUUCCUGUGGCGUCGGCAAUCAUAGUUGGUGGGAUCACUGUCACAACUUUCACUCUUAGUCAAGUUGGACGGAGCGCACAACACCUCAUCUCAUCCAUCAUCUUCGCUGGCUUGACAGCCGGAGUGGUAGCCUUGGUGAAAGCGAAUGGGAAGCAGCUCUGCUCUAGACCCCGAUUAUGCGGUCUGAUCUAGUUGGCGGCCCCUUUUCUCUUGUCCGGUUCUCAGAGCUUUGUUGUUGGAAUCUGAAUGGAUAUGAAGUGUUGACAGCAAGCUACCUGUCCACUGUCAGCGUAGAUAGAUUAACCAAGGGAGAGGUCAGCUUGCUGGUCCGGUAAAUCUGAAGUAAAUUUUGUAAACACCUGGUUAGAUUGUCUGGUUUCCUGGUAAAUAUAGUGGAUUGUGCAGUCGGAGGCACACCGUCUUGUAGUACUGUAAACUAAGGUUAAAUUGUAACACUGGAUUGGAUUCUGCCGCACAGUUUCUGUAUCUUAAACUUGUGAAAUUGUUUGCACAGAAUUUAAAAUUACUGAAUUCGACAGGCA